AUGAUGAAAGCGAGGUUCCUGGGAUUCAGUCCUGACUCUGGUGAUGAUUUUACAUAUGUGAUUGUCACUGAUCCUGAUUCUGACAAAGAACUACGUCGGAUCUUUACCCGCUCCGUCAUCCGCCUGCGGCUUGUUUACGAGGCCGCACCUGUUUUGGUCCGAAAGGGGAAGACAAAGGCGCCAAAUCCACUAUUGACCAUUCAAGAGGAGCCCGAACCCUUGGGCACCAUACCGGAAUAUGAAAGAGCUAUCAAAGAAGUAUAUGGACCACCUCCUUCGAAACAACUUCGUACCGACCCUACUUCGGAUGAUGAAGACCUCUUUGAUUUGGUUAAUGGGCAUGAAUUUUGUAAGGGAGUCCUGUUUCUCAGCAUUCUCUGGAAGACUGAUGAAACCUCUUGGGUAACUUAUCGCGCUUGUCGUGAAGAUUUCCCCUAUGAGACUGCCAAGUACAUCUGUGCCAACAAGAUUGGGUCCUGCUCCGGUAACCACAAGAAUGGACCACACCAACGUUGGGCAUGA